AUGCCUCCUAAACAAAUUAAUCAUAGAAAUCAUUAUUGGUUACAUGCUGAACCUUUAAAACGUCAAACAUUUGAAGAUUUUAUUAAUAAUAAUUAUAAUAAUAAAGUUAAAGAAUAUAAAGUUGAAUUUGAUAAUAUUAAAGAACUAGGUAAUCGAUUAGAAGAAUUUUUUAAUAAUGAAAUAAAAAAUUUAAAUUUAAGAGUUGGUAAUUUAGAAAAGGAAGUUAAAGUAAUUAAAGAUAUUAGUUUUGAACAUACAAAACAGAUUUCCAAUAAUUCUGCUGCAAUAUUUCAAAUAAAUAAAGUAGUAGGACAAAUUCAAAAUCAAAUUUCUCGUCCUUCCUCUCCUAAACUAUUAUCAUCUAAACUACCUCCUCAAAAAAUAUCAUCUCAAAAAACGCCUCAAAAAAAUCAAGAUAAAAAAUUUAACUUAGAAAGAUUAGAUGAAGAUUAUAUUUUUGAUAAUGAAUGA